CUGAUACAUUCAUCAUUUAAUGGAAAAGAAACACUCUGAAUCUACUAACAGCAGAGAAGAUGACUGAAGAAGAGAGAAGAAUGAAGAUCAUCUGGACUUUCACUCUGCUGAUGAUUCCUGAUUUCGUGAGCUCCAUUGAUGUGGAAGGAUAUUCAGAAAGUGAAGUCAACAUCUCAUGCAGAUAUGUGAAGGAAUAUACCCAAAACACAAAGUAUUUCUGUAGAGGAAAGAAGCCAGAUAAAGAAAAGAAAAAGUGGUGCAUUGAACUCAUCAGGACUGAAGAGAAAGAUAAAUGGGUUGAUUCUGGAAGAUUCUCUCUGUUUGACAACACAACAGCAGCAGUUUUCACUGUGACCUUCAGAAAUCUGAGUGAACGGGAUUCUGGGACGUAUCAGUGUGCAGUUGAUAGAACUAAAGGAAAAGAUUCAUACACUGAAGUGAAGAUGAACGUUAGAAAAGGUGAGUAACUGAGACUCUCAAACAGAAAAUCAGCACACAUAAUGACAGUAAUAACACUAAAC